UUUCUGAUAGGCGGAGUUAUCUGAAACCUUUAUAAAGGCUGAUCGCCGGCUUCGAGAAAGCUUCCGCUCUUGAAGAAUGUCUGCGAGCUACGACAACCGAUCCAGAGACAAUGGACCUGAAGGCAUGGAGCCCGAUGGUAUUAUUGAGAGCAACUGGAAUGAAGUUGUUGAUAGUUUUGAUGAUAUGAACCUUUCAGAGUCUCUCUUAAGAGGAAUCUACGCCUAUGGUUUUGAGAAACCGUCUGCUAUCCAACAAAGAGCUAUUCUACCUUGUAUCAAGGGUUAUGAUGUGAUUGCUCAGGCUCAGUCUGGAACUGGGAAAACAGCCACAUUUGCUAUUUCAAUUUUACAACAAGUAGAGCUGGAUAUGAAAGCUACACAAGCUCUAGUCUUGGCUCCAACACGUGAGCUGGCUCAGCAGAUCCAGAAGGUAGUUAUGGCUCUUGGAGACUACAUGGGUGCCUCUUGCCAUGCCUGUAUUGGUGGCACCAAUGUGAGAGCUGAAGUACAGAAGCUUCAGUCUGAGGCCCCUCACAUAAUUGUGGGCACCCCUGGCAGAGUAUUUGACAUGUUAAACAGGCGCUAUUUAUCUCCUAAAUACAUAAAGAUGUUUGUAUUGGAUGAAGCAGAUGAGAUGUUGAGUAGAGGGUUCAAGGAUCAGAUCUAUGACAUAUUCCAGAAACUAAGUAGCAAUGCACAGGUGGUCCUGCUCUCAGCCACCAUGCCUGCCGAUGUGCUUGAAGUGACAAAAAAAUUCAUGAGGGAUCCCAUUAGGAUCCUUGUAAAAAAAGAGGAGUUAACAUUGGAGGGUAUCAGGCAAUUUUAUGUCAAUGUGGAGCGUGAGGAGUGGAAGCUUGACACACUCUGUGACUUGUACGAGACGCUCACAAUCACGCAGGCUGUCAUAUUUAUAAAUACACGUAGGAAGGUGGAUUGGCUGACGGAAAAAAUGCAUGCAAGGGACUUUACAGUGUCUGCAUUGCAUGGUGAUAUGGACCAGAAAGAACGGGACGUUAUCAUGAGGGAGUUCAGAUCUGGUUCCAGUCGUGUCCUCAUCACAACUGAUCUUCUGGCUAGAGGAAUAGAUGUUCAGCAAGUGUCCCUGGUUAUUAACUAUGAUUUACCAACCAACAGAGAGAACUACAUUCACAGGAUUGGACGAGGUGGCCGUUUCGGUAGGAAAGGAGUUGCUAUCAACAUGGUGACUGAAGAAGACAAGCGUACCUUAAAAGAUAUUGAGACUUUCUACAAUACCACCAUUGAGGAGAUGCCAAUGAAUGUAGCUGACCUCAUCUAAACCUCCCACAUGGGAGGAAAAAUGAAAACAAGAAAAAAAAAAGUAAAAUAAAAAUUAAAAAAAAAAAACUGUCCCUAGCCUAGCCCACUGCUUGGUUUGGGGCAGAAAGUGUGGGGUGCUCAGCAAUGUUACACUUCAUCAAUAACAUUUUGGGCUUCACCCCUCUCACAGUAUGAACUUUAAAUGAUUUAUAUUUCUUUUUUUGUUUUCAAAUAAAUGUUAUUUUGAGGUAUUGUGGCCGUAAAAAACUUGUUUUUGUUUCUUUUCCUCCUCUGAAACAAACACUAACUUUACCCCCUAUAUUCCCACCAAAUCAGUGGACCAAACAAAAUUCCCAAGAUGUUCCCAUAAAUCAGGCAGCUAAAUUUGACCACUUUUUUUUUUUUACAAAAGAAAAAAUUGUCCCAUAAAAAUAGGUAAAUGUAAGGAAAAAAUAAAAAACAAUUUUAUUUGCUCUGUAUAGUAUUUAUUAAGAAAUAAAAUGAGUUUUUUUUGCAACAUA